UCCUGUUAACAGCCUCUGUCCAUGGUGCUGAACUCUGAUCAUGUGACUGUCCUCUACGUUUCCGCCCCCCGCUCUUCUUUUCUUGUUUUAACAGCCCUUUUUUUUUAAGCCACACAAACAAAACGGCUUGGGCUGCACUUUUAAUUUACGCACGUAACAAUACGUGACAGGUGACUGCGCCUUUUACUGAGGCCCCCGGAUUGUUUACUCAUCGCCAUUUCGGGUGUGAUAAUAAUAAUAAUAAUGGACACCGACUACUCGUCCGGCCUGGAGAACCCUCUGUACAGCGAGCUCAAGUAUUUCUGUAGGAAAAUACGGGAGGCCUACAAUGAGCUCAAAGAGGACCUGACACCUUAUCGCGAUGACCGCUUUUAUAGAUUGGCUCCCAUGCGGCUGUACACCCUAUCUAAAAGACAUUUUGUGCUAGUCUUCGUGGUCUUCCUGAUGUGCUUCGGCCUCACAGUCUUCAUAGGAAUAACAGGUCCAAGGAUUAUUGCUGAGCAGGAGCACAAUGGUGACCAGUUCCUUGCAAAAAACGUUUCUGUUAAGACUGGGCCCUUUCAUCUAGUUUCUUCUCCCCUGACCACCUACAAUCAGCAGCUGUGGCUCACAUGUGUGAUGCAGGCUGAAAACAGCAAAAUGAGAGAUUUCAAGCAGCCCUUUGAGAUCAACGUUGAGUUGAAGGGAGUGAUGCAGGAUGCCAGCGUGAUGCACAUCAACAACGGGCGCAUUAAGUCACGGAUGCUGCACUGCGCGGCUGCUAAUUGCGAUGAGAUCAUUGUACUGCAUCUGGGCUACCUGAACUACACCCAGUACCAGGUUAUGGUGAGCUUCAAAGGCCUUGAAAAUAUCACAUAUGACAUCAAGGUUAAGUUUGUGUGGAAAACAUAUAAUUCCACCUUCUCACAAGUGGAAAUUUGGUUCCGGUUUGUCUUUGUGGUAUUGACCUUCAUGGUGACCUGUAUGUUUGCUCACUCACUGAGGAAAUUUUCCAUGAGAGACUGGGGGAUAGAGCAGAAGUGGAUGUCUAUUCUUCUCCCUUUGUUGCUGCUCUACAAUGAUCCUUUCUUCCCGCUGUCAUUCCUGGUGAACAGCUGGUUUCCAGGGACCUUGGACACCUUCUUUCAGGCACUGUUCCUGUGUGCUCUGCUGCUCUUCUGGCUUUGUGUUUAUCACGGCAUCAGAGUCCAGGGUGAGAGGAAAUUUCUGACUUUCUACCUGCCUAAGCUGGUUAUCGUCGGUCUUCUGUGGCUGUCAGCAGUUACUCUGGGCAUAUGGCAAACGGUUAAUGAACUCCAAGAUCCCACCUAUCAGUACAAAGUGGAUAUAGCGAACUUUCAGGGUAUGAAAGUCUUCUUCCUGAUUGUCGUCGCCCUCUACAUCUUAUACUUGAUAUUCCUGAUUGUCAGAGCUUGUUCUGAACUUAAGAACAUGCCUUACUCAGAUCUCCGGCUCAAGUUUUUGACAGCGCUGACGUUUGUGGUUCUUAUUAUAAGCAUGGCUAUUCUCUACCUGAGGUUUGGUGCUAAGGCUCUUCAAGACAACUUUGUUGCUGAAUUGUCCACCCAUUACCAGAACUCAGCUGAAUUUUUGUCCUUCUAUGGCCUGCUCAACUUUUACUUGUACACAUUAGCAUUUGUGUAUUCUCCUUCGAAAAAUGCACUUUAUGACUCCCAGUUGAAGGAUAAUCCAGCUUUCUCCAUGCUAAAUGACUCAGACGACGAAGUGAUAUACGGGAGUGAUUAUGAAGACAUGCCUUUACAAAACGGGCGUGCGAUCAAAGCAACUGCCAAGUACCAGGAUGAGAGUGACAGUGACUGAGGUAUCUCUGACUGUGUCCACGUUGGAAACUCUUGUGCACAUGUACAAAAAGGAUGCACAUGAAUUUAUGUACUCCAAAGUGUACAUAAUUAUAUUUUUAAAACGGUUCAUGUCUACUGAAUGUACUGCUUUUGGAUGGUGAGGUAUGAUGUAGCCACUCAGACUUUUUUUCUUAAUUGAAAAUAAGGGAAACAAACACUUUGUUUUAAUCUAUAAACCGCCUACCCUCACCUACCCAUUGCCAGCCUUUUUUCUCAACUUGAUGAUUAAAAUUAUCAGGAAAAAGGACUCAUAUUAACCAGGGAUGUUUCUGUGAAAUCAUCAUUUCUUCAUAAUUUCUUUUUCCUUUAAAAAAAAAAAAAGCCUUGUAUUAAACAACCGUUGUCUUUCUUGUGUUAAUGCCAUUUCUUUCCACUCUGGGAACAAUGGGAAGUCACUUAUCUGGUCAGAGCUGAGUGACAUUUACAGGUAAUGCUGCAUCUGCUGCACAUGAGAUACAGUGUGGCUCGCUUGUCCUGACACGACAUGUAAACAGGGAGUCUGCUGUCUUCAAGACGCUGAAUACAGAGAGCCUUAAACUCGACCGCUGGUACCACUCACUAUUUCUAUUUUUGGCAAAGCAGCUAUAUGUAAAUGCACUUUUCAAGAAUUUUAUUUAUCUUGCCAAAAAAGUGAUGACACUGUAUUUUGUGACACAUUGCAUGUAUUUUCUCACAGCAGUAUAAUGGACUACAGACCUAUCAUGUUAAAUGUUUCUUUAUCCCAGCAUGUACAGUAGUUGUUGGAUUGUUUUGAAGCAAACUUUUUUCCCCCAGCAGCUUUGCCCAUAUUUCCUUACAAUGUGGGAAACUGUGCCAUUUUUUUCAGUUGCCUAAAGCUGGAGGUCAAGUUGACAAAUUGGCCAAAAAAAUUUAUUUCUCUUCUCUGUAAAUAUAUAUUUUAACCAAGAUGGUGCCUUGUCUCUACAUCACCCAAUUUUCUUCUAAAUGGGACUGCAAUCUUAAGAAUUGUAAGUGCUUCAAGAUUAGUGUACAUGUCUGAUUCUUUUGGUGCAAGUGUAGCUUUUGUUAGUUUAAGGUGGUUAAACUGGGUGGUUUUUGGUGUUUAAAAAAUACCUGCAAUAUUUGUUGCUUCAAAAGAUAAAGCUUGUACAUGUAGCAGUAUCAUGUCAUGUUGUGUAAAUAAAACUAUGUACAUAAGG